AUGGCGUCUACACAAUUCGCCCUCGCCUCCCCGCCGACGGACGCCAUAUCCGCCGUUAAAUUCUCCCCAGAGCCACGCUCAAUGCGCCUGGUAGUUUCGUCAUGGGAUAAAAACGUAUAUCUAUACGAUCUACGAGAUGAGAAUGGAGCCGUGGGCGAAGGCAAAUUACUUCGGAAAUUCGAGCAUCGAGCACCCGUUCUGGAUGUCUGCUUUGGAGAGAAUGAGAAUGAAAUAUAUACCAGUGGAUUAGACUGGGACGUUAGGAGGAUCGACAUCCCGACCUCCACCCAAACAGUCCUCAGCACACAUUCCGCCGGCGUCAAAUCGGUCGUCUAUAGCAAAGAGCACAACCUCCUUGUCUCCGCCUCCUGGGACUCAACACUACAUGUCCACCGCACUAGCACCCCCUCAGACUCCACCAACUCCACCCCAACAAAGGCACCGAUGACCAUCCCCCUCCCCGCAAGACCCUUCUCCCUCUCCCUCUCCCCAACAAAGCUCGUCGUCGCCAUGGCCUCGCGCACCCUGCACAUCUACGACUUACACGCUCUUUCCACCUCCCUCGACCAAUCCCCCAACACCUCCACGGCCUCUGAAAAUACCCAACCCAUAGAACCCUGGCAACGACGCGAAAGCAGUCUAAAAUUUAUGACGCGCGCCGUGGCCUGCAUGCCCAACGAUGCCGGCUACGCGUCUUCCAGCAUCGAAGGCCGCGUCGCGGUCGAAUGGUUCGAUCCCUCCCCAGCCUCCCAAGACCGCAAAUACGCGUUUAAAUGCCACAGGCAACAAGCAGCAGAUGAGCCCGGUGUUGAUGUCGUAUAUCCCGUCAACGCGCUGGCAUUUCACCCUGUGCAUGGCACAUUUGCGUCUGGUGGCGGGGAUGGGGUUGUGGCCUUGUGGGAUGGGUUGGCGAAGAGGAGGAUUCGGCAGUAUCAGCGGCAUCCAGCUAGUGUGGCUGCGUUGGCUUUUAGUGGAGAUGGGAAGUUUUUGGCCAUUGGGGUUUGUCCUGGGUUUGAGGAGGGGAGGGAGAAGGAACAGGGUGAGGCGGGGGAAGGGGUUGUAAAUGUGUUUAUUAGGGAGUUGGGGGAGAAUGAGGCCAAAGGAAAAGGGGUGAAGUAA